AUGGUCUCCCGCCGUAACGAACCCAUCGCCAUCGUUGGCACUGGCUGCCGCUUCCCCGGAGGCGCCUCGUCCCCUUCCGCCUUGUGGAAACUGCUCGAGAAGCCUCGCGACGUCUGCAGCGAGAUCCCCUCCUCCCGCUUCUCCACCACGGGCUUCUAUCACCCGGAUGGCUCGCAUCACGGCACUACCAACGUACGCAAUGCCUACCUCCUGCAGCAGGACAAUCGCGUCUUCGAUGCGGGCUUCUUCAACAUUAGUCCCGCCGAGGCCGACUCCAUUGAUCCUCAACAACGCCUCCUUAUGGAAACGGUGUAUGAAGCUCUAGAGGCUGGUGGGCACACUAUUGAAAAUCUUAAGGGGUCCGACACUGCUGUCUACGUCGGUACCAUGGGUGUAGACUACAACGACACCCUCCUCCGGGAUGUGAACUCACUGCCGACUUACUUCGCCACUGGCACCAAUCGAGCCAUCAUCUCCAACCGUCUGUCCUACUUCUUCGACUGGCACGGCCCGAGCAUGACCAUCGACACGGCAUGCUCUUCCAGCUUGAUCGCUGUUCACCAGGGCGUGCAGGCCCUGCGUGCUGGCGAGUCUCGCGUCGCCGUUGCCUGCGGUACAAACGUCAUCCUGAACCCGGAUGCCUUCGUCUUCGAAAGCAAGAUGAAAAUGUUGUCUCCCACGGGCCGCUCCCGCAUGUGGGAUGCCGACGCUGACGGCUACGCUCGUGGCGAAGGUAUUGCCGCCAUCAUCAUGAAGAGACUGAGUGAUGCAAUUGCCGAUGGCGAUCACAUUGAGUGUUUAAUCCGUGAGACAGGCGCGAACCAGGACGGCCAUAGCAGCGGGCUCACGGUCCCCAGUUCUGAGGCUCAGACCGCUUUGAUCCGCCAGACCUAUGCCAAAGCUGGCUUGGACUUCGAGAACAACCCUAACGAUCGCCCGCAGUUUUUCGAGGCGCACGGGACGGGAACCAAGGCUGGCGACCCCAAGGAGGCGGGUGCCAUCUACGAGUGCUUCGGCAAGCACUUGACGGAUAGCAAGCCCUUGUACGUCGGAUCAGUUAAGACUGUGAUUGGCCACACCGAAGGUGCGGCUGGUUUGGCCGGUCUGCUCAAGGCGUCUGGGAUUAUUCAGAAGGGCAUCGUUCCUCCAAACAUGCUCUUCAACACCCUGAAUCCUGCCAUUGAGAAGUUCUACCACGGAAUCCGCGUUCCUACCACUCUUCAGCCUUGGCCGCAGCUGCCGGAGGGCGUUCCUCGUCGUGUUAGCGUCAACAGCUUUGGCUUCGGUGGCGCCAAUGCCCACGCUAUCAUUGAACAGUACAUGGAUGCCGACAAGCAAAAGUCACUCUGUGCCCGGCCGGCCAGCACCCCCUUCGUCUUCUCCGCCACUUCGGAGGCCUCCCUGACCGCCCAGUUGAAGGCCUACUCCGAUUUCCUCAAGACUAACAACGACAUCAGCCCCUCCGACUUGUCCUGGACCCUGCAAGCCCGCAGAAGCCAGCUCCAAAUCCGGGCUUCUUUUUCUGCGCCCACGAUCGAGGAGUUGGUGAGCAAGAUUGACGGCAAGCUUGAUGGCGUGAAGCAGAAUGCAAAGUCCACCAUUGGCACCAGGUCCGACUUCAAGGACGCUUCGCCCCGCAUCCUCGGUGUCUUCACCGGCCAGGGUGCUCAAUGGGCCGCAAUGGGUGCCCAACUCAUCAGGUCCUCUGAAUUUGUGCAGAAGAUUGUCCAGGAUCUCGAGGGCUCUCUCAGCUCCCUGCCAGAGUCGGAUCGUCCUCAGUGGAGCCUCAAGGAGGAGAUGCUUGCCGGCGCCGACACCUCUCGCAUCGCAGAGGCCGCACUGUCACAGCCUCUAUGCACGGCCGUGCAGGUCAUCCUAGUUGAUUUGCUCCGGGAAGCUGGCAUCACCUUCGCCGCCGUUGUCGGGCACUCUUCCGGAGAGAUCGGUGCCGCCUACGCUGCUGGUUUCCUUUCUGCUAGCGACGCCAUUCGUGUUGCUUACUACCGAGGUGUGUACGCUCGCCUUGCAGGCAAUAGCGCCACUGGCCAGAAGGGUGCCAUGAUGGCAGUGGGAACGUCCUGGGAAGAUGCGGAAGAGCUCGUCAAUCUCCGUGCUUUCAAGGGCAAGCUCGCCAUUGCCGCUCACAACUCCCCAGCUAGCGUCACUCUCUCGGGAGAUGAAAACGCCGUCGCCCACGGAAAGCGAGUCUUCGAUGAGGAGAAGAAGUUUGCCAGACUGCUCAAGGUCGACACCGCCUACCACUCGCACCAUAUGCUGCCCUGUGGUGACCCGUACAUUGAGGCUAUGAAGGGAUGCGGUGUUAAGGUUAAUCCUGAAGGCGGCCGCGACUGCUCCUGGUUCUCCAGUGUGGUUCCAUCAGAGAACCCCAUGGGGCCGACUGAGGAGUUGCAGCAUGUCUACUGGAGAGACAACAUGACCAAUGCCGUGCUCUUCACCGAGGCCAUUAAGAACGCCAUCGCGAGCGAUCCUUCACUGUGCUUUGCUAUCGAAGUUGGGCCUCAUCCGGCGCUCAAAGGCCCCGUCACUCAGACGAUGGCUGAUGUUUUGCCCACUCCUCUCCCGUACACCGGCGUGCUCAGCCGCGGAGGCGACGACAUCCAGGCUUUUUCUGAGGCCCUCGGGUUCAUCUGGACUCAUCUGGGCGCCGCAAAUGUCGACUUCAAUUCCUACCGCAAGGCCAUCUCUUCCAGCGCCGAAACCCCCAAGCUGGUUACCGGGCUGCCCUCUUAUCAAUGGAAUCACGGAAGGGUUCACUGGCACGAGUCGCGUCUGUCUCGCAAGAACCGCACCCGAAAGCAGCCCUUCAAUGAACUCCUCGGCGUUCAAUGCCCAGACUCUACGGCUCGCGAUAUGCGGUGGUCGAACGUGCUCAAGCUCUCCGAGAUCUCGUGGCUCGAUGGGCAUCAGCUUCAGGGUCAAACCGUUUUCCCUGCGGCUGGUUACUGCGCAAUGGCGAUGGAAGCAGCGAGAACGUGGGCGGGUGAACGGCCUGUAAAGAUGUUCGAGAUUGAGAACCUGGAGAUCCCGAAGGCCAUUACUUUCGAGGAAGACGCCAAUGCCGCUGUUGAGACUCUUGUCACUCUGUCAAGCAUCUCCAUGCCCACUGGACAACCGUCCUUUGACGGCACCAUGACGGCCACGGCAGAGUUCGUCUGCUAUUCCUGUCCUGCGAUGGGAACAGAGCAGGAUAUGGAUCUCAUGGCGAAGGCCACCGUCAAAAUUGUCUGCGGCAAUCCCUCCACUGAUGCGCUCCUUUCCUCCCCGCUUGAGGACUACAACUUCAACCCUGUUGACACUGACGUCUUCUACACCACCCUCCUCGACCUGGGCUACGGCUACCAGAACAACUUCCGUGGGAUGCACACACUGAAGCGUCGUCUCAACCAAGCAACUGGUCUCAUCACUACUUACCCCUAUGCCGACUCCGAUCCGACCGUCUACCUCGUCCAUCCUACUCAGCUUGACGUCGCGUUUCAGGCCUCCUUCCUCGCCUUCUCCGCGCCAGGAGACAACCGCCUCUGGUCCCUGCACGUCCCGACUGCCAUCCGCAGCAUCCGUGUCAACCCAGAGAUCUGCCUCUCUAUCCCCCUCUCCGGCGCCGACGUCCCCAUCUCCGCCGUCCUGAGCGAAGGUGACGAGUUCCGCGCCAGCAUAGACGUCUUCGGCCCUCAAGGCGGCCACCAGGCCAUGGUCCAGAUCGAGGACCUGAUGAUCAAGCCUUUCGCUCCUGCCACUGCUGCAGACGACCAUAUCCUCUAUUCGUCCACGAAGCUGGAUGUCGCUCAACCGGACGGCACUUCCUGCGUCAAGGGCGUCAAACCUACCGCGGCCGAAGUCGAACUUGCGACCGUGUGUGAGCGCCUGUCCUACUACUACCUGCGCAGCUGGAAGGCCGAACUGAGUGAGGACGACUGGGCCAAUGGCCAAGAACACCACGCUUCGCUUCGUGACUAUAUGAACCAUGUCCUUGACGGUGUCGCUCGCGGAUCUGCCUAUCCCUUCAUCAAGAAGUCAUGGGCUUCAGACACGGCUGAGGAUAUCAAGGCUUUGAUCGAGAAGCACCGCGAGGCCAUAGACGUCAGGCUAUUGUCCGCCGUUGGUGAGAAUAUCCCCGCCUCCGUGCGUGGCGAGACCACCAUCCUAGAACACAUGAUUGCAGACAAUAUGCUGGACGACUUCUACAAAUUGGGUCUUGGAUUCGCGAGAUAUAAUGGCUUCCUGGCCGAGAUGAUAAAGCAGAUGAGCCACCGAUAUCCGCAUUCUAAUAUCAUUGAAGUUGGUGCGGGUACUGGCGGCGCCACCAAGUCAAUCCUCGCCAAUAUGGGCAACACGAUGUCAUCUUACACGUACACCGACGUCUCACCGGGUUUCUUCGAGAAGGCUGCGGAGAUGUUCAAGCCUCACAGCUACAGCAACAAGAUGACCUACAAGGUUCUCGACAUCGAAAAGGCGCCAUCUGCUCAGGGGUACAAACCGCAUGCUUACGACAUAGUCGUCGCGUCCAAUGUCUUGCACGCCACUGCGUCCAUGCAAAAGACGCUCGAGCAUGUCCGUCAGUUGCUCAAGCCAGGAGGCUACUUGAUGCUGCUCGAAGUCACCGACCACGGCCCCGCCCGCAGCGGUCUCAUCAUGGGUGGUCUGGCUGGAUGGUGGGUCGGCAAGAACGACGGCCGUAGGUAUUCGCCUACCAUUACACCUGGAGAGUGGCACAGUGCGCUCCGCAAGGCUGGCUUCUCGGGCGUCGAUGCUGUUACCCCCAAGAUUAACGUCCUGCCAUGGCCCUUCUCCAUCAUCGCCGCUCAGGCCGUUGAUGACCGCGUGCAGUUCCUGCGUCGCCCACUCACCAACUCUUCCUCCGCACAGUCCAUCAGCAUCCCCAGCCUUGUGAUACUGGGAUCCGAAGGUCUUCAGACCGCGCAGAUUGCGGAGGAGGUAUCUGAGCUCCUGGAACGAUACUGCGACCAGAUUACUGUCCUCAGCGGCUUACCCACCGAGGAGGAGGCGGCCAUGAUCGACCCUACGAGCACCAUCAUCAAUCUCGUCGACAUCGAAACGCCCAUCUUCAAAGAUAUGAAUGACGAGCGCAUGGAUGGCCUUAGGCGCGUCUACGCAGUUGCCAGGAGCAUCGUCUGGGUCACUGUCAGCGCCAUGGUCAACCAGCCCUACCAUUUCGCCUCCAUCGCUUUCAACCGCGCCAUUGCUCACGAAGAAGGCCACAUCAGCAUGAACCACUUCGACGUUUCGGAGAUCGAUGACAACACGUCCAAGGCCAUCGCUGAGCACGUUCUCCGCCAAUGCGCUCUGGAUGAGUUGGAGACCACGGCUACCAGCCGCCAGCCGCUACUGUGGUCCAGGGAACCUGAGGUGUUCCUGGAGAAGGGCGUCCUGAAGAUUCCCCGCGUCAUCAGCCACAUCGACCAGAAUGCACGCCUGAACUCCUCCAGGCGCAUCAUCACCAAGACGGUACCGGCCUCUGCCCCCAGCACUUCGAUUGUCUGGGGCGAGGACUUCAAGCCGUCCCUGGUGGAGGACUUGCUCCCCACGACAGGCACCAACGGCCAGAGCGCAGUAACGGUUGCUUAUUCCAGCCUGACAGCCCUUCAGGUUGCGCGCAAUGCGUUCUUGUACCUCUGCACUGGCAAGGACGGUGUGACUGGCGAACGGGUCAUUGCUCUCUCCGAAUUGAACUCCCGCGAGGCACUGCCCAUUGCUGUGGCGAAGACGAACUCUCCCGCCCCGGGAUCCCUCAUCUCCGUGGCGAGCGAGCUUCUUGCCUCAUCUCUCAUCUCCGCCUUGUCUUCCAACAGCUCGCUCCUUGUCCACUGCUCCGGCAGAGAGCGCUUCCUCGCUUCCGCUCUUCAACGGAAGGCCGCAGACAACUCCGUCAAGGUCACAUUUUCAUACGACGCUGGCCACUCCGAGAAUGUGCACGAUGCGACUUGGAUCGGCCUGCAUGCUCACACUCCCCGCCACGCGCUUCGCAAGCAACUCAAGGCUGACAAGAUCACGCAUUUUCUCGAUUUGACCGAGGCUGGACCUCUGAGCGUCAAUAUUGCGCAAGUGCUCUCGCCUGAGCACACUCGCAUCCAACCUUUCGAUGUCUUCAGGCGCCAGGCUUCUCUGCCCGCCUCCUAUGAUGCGGAUAGUCUGACUCAACUUCUUCAGGAAGCGGUUGCUACUGUCGAGAAGACUUCAACACCCGAAGAAGAUGUCCACGACAUUGUCGUUCCUCUGGAACAGCUUGGCUCGGCCUCGAGCUUCAGGCCUUCCAUCGUUGCUGAGUGGUCCACUGAGAACCCGCUCCAGGUCCAGGUCCGCGCUCUCAAGCCCGAACGGCUCUUUGCCCGAAAUAAGACCUACCUCCUCGUCGGUCUUACUGGACAGAUAGGCCAAUCACUCGCGGAAUGGAUGGUCAAGAACGGCGCCGGCUGCGUGUGUCUGACAUCCCGCAACCCCAAGGUUGACCAGCGAUGGUUGGACUCCUUCAAGGGCUCCGGAGGGGAAGUUAAGACGUACGCGAUGGAUAUUAUGAACAGCUCCGACCUCGAAAGAGUUGUCAAGGAUAUCCGAGCCACCUGCCCGCCCAUUGCGGGUAUCGCCAACGGAGCCAUGGUGCUCAACGACGCGCUCUUCUCCAAGAUGUCGGCGGAAGCCAUGAACAAGGUCUUGGGACCUAAGAUCAUCGGAACCAACAACCUCGACCAACUUUUCCACGAAGACAAGCUGGACUUCUUCAUCCUCUUCUCUUCCAGUGCAUGCGUUGUGGGGAAUUCUGGACAAGCAAACUAUGCCGCAGCCAACGGCUACCUGAACUCUCUCGCCAGGCAGAGGCGUCGUCGCGGCCUCGCUGCUUCCACUCUUGAUAUCGGUCGUGUCGUCGGUAUCGGAUACGUCGAGACAGCAGGCCAAGCUGUCGUCGACCAGCUCACGCGUUUCGGUCUGACAGCCCUCUCCGAGACGGAGAUCCACCACAUGUUUACCGAAUCUAUCCAAGCAGGCUUCUCUCGUCCGGAGGAUAGGAAACAGAUUCCGGACGCGGUGGUCACGACAGGUAUUCUUACCGUCCGGGAGGACACGGACGCACGAGGCCCAUGGCUCGAGAAUCCUCGCUUCUCGCACUGCAUCGUUGAGGAUGGUGCCGCGGAUGCUGGCGCAGGGCAGGAUAGCAAGAAGAAUUCGCUGCCAGUCACGGAGCAGCUUGCUAGCGCCCCGAAUAAGGAGGCUGCACUUCAAAUCAUCGAGGAAUGCUUCAUUGCCAAACUGCGGGUCAUCCUGCAGCUGGCUGACCAGGAGAUUGACUCCAGUGCUCCUCUGGUUGAGCUUGGACUUGACUCCUUGGUCGCUGUGGAGGUUCGCUCAUGGUUCCUCAAGGAACUCAAGGUGGACAUUCCCGUCCUCAAGGUGGUUGGUGGCGCGUCCGUCACCGAUCUUUGCCAACGUGCCCUGGACAAGCUGCCGGAGGACCUCCUUGCCCACAUUGGAACCAAAGAAGCACCUGCGAAGCCUGCUGCGAAGGAGCCAGCGGCACACAAGGCCCUCCAUCUCCCCGCUCAACGACCGACUGUGCUUUCUCGGACGCCUUCAGCGUACAGCACCGCGCCGGCAAGCGAAGAAGGAUCCUCCACCCCCAGCCGUGCAGGAGACAUGUCCACGCAGCCAUCCUCACGCGCGGAUACACCGGACAAUCUCUCAGAGAAGGGUAAACCAACCGCCACCUUUUCGUCACCUGAGCUGACGAUAUCGAAGCCUUUAAACUUUCUGAAAACUGAGCGGCUGUCCUUCGGGCAGUCACGGUUCUGGUUCCUGCGCCAACUCCUCCAGGACCAGACCACCUUCAACGUGGCGUUCUACUACCAGGUCUCCGGAAAUCUGCGCAUCAACAGCCUGGAGAGAGCGCUGCGUGCCGUGGCUGCCAGACACGAGGCACUCCGCACGUGCUUCGUCGCCGAUGACACCGAAGCGGAUCAAGCGUACCAAAAGGUCAUGGCCACUUCGGCGCUUCGCCUCGAACAAAAGUUGAUCAACGGGAUAGAGGAGGUGGCGACUGAAUAUGCCGCAUUCAAGUCCCACAUCUUCGACCUGUCCAGAGGCGAACUGAUGCGCGUAAAACUCCUAACUCUUACUCCCUCAUCCCACUUCAUCCUCAUCAACUACCACCAUAUCCUCAUGGACGGCGUCAGUCUCCAAGUCUUCAUGGCGGACCUGGAGAAGGCUUACAUCGGGAAGCCUCUGGGUGAUCCGCCCCGUCAAUUCCCGGAUUUCUCCGCUGCUCAAAGACUCGCCUAUGAGAACGGAGACUUGGACCAGGAACUCAAAUACUGGCGCGGAGUCUUCCCUGCGGGCGAGCAGCCACCGAUCCUGCCGUUGCUCCCCAUGGCAAAGGCGAGCUCCAGGGUGCCAAUGAAAGACUUUGACAUUCAUCAAGUCGGUACGCGGCUUCAGCCGGAUCUCGCAUCGCGAGUGAAGGCUGCCUCCAAGGCGCACCGGUCGACUCCAUUCAACUUCUACCUCGCUGCCAUGAAAGUGAUGCUGUUCAGCUUCACGGAUGCCCAGGACCUGACAAUCGGUAUUGCGGACGCCAACCGGAACGAAGAGAAUGUCAUGGGCAGCAUUGGCUUCUUCCUCAACCUUCUCACUGUGCGAUUCCGCCGCCAGACCGACCAAACUUUUGCGGAUGCGGUCUUGGAGGCCCGUUCCGCGAUCCACUCUGCUCUCGCCAACUCUCAUCUUCCUUUCGACGUGCUCCUCCAGGAGCUCAACGUCACUCGCUCUUCUUCCCACAGCCCCUUCUUCCAAGCUUUCUUCGACUACCGCCAGGGCGCUCAGGAAAAACAUCCUUUCGGGAACUGUCAAUUCGAAGUCAAAGAGAUGCAUCCUGGACGAACCGCUUACGAUAUCACUCUCGAUGUGACUGACAGCCCCACUGAUGCUGUCAUUAUGCUCCGUGUCCAGAAGAGCCUCUAUGACGAGGCUGCUGCCAAUCUGCUACUGGACACGUACAUCCACUUGCUCGAUACGCUUUCUUCCGACACUACUCUUACGCUUGAUGACACACCUCUUUUCGGAGCGACUCAGCUAAAGGGUGUUACAGAAGUCGGAGCCGGUACUCAUCUCGAAUCCGACUGGCCCGAGACACUCCCGCGCAGAAUCGACCAGAUAGCUGCAGAGAACGAAGACAAGCUCGCAUUAAUGGAUGGUCUAGGGAACUCGCUUUCUUACGCGGAUCUCAUCAAGCGCAUCGAAGCCAUCAGCGAGGCUCUCCAAGCUGUUGAUGUCGGGAAAGGUUCUCGCGCGCUCGUUUUCCAGGAGGCGGCUGCCGACUGGGUAUGCUCGAUGCUCGCUAUUAUGCGCCUUGGAGCUGUCUACGUUCCAAUGGAUAUCCGGAACCCUGUGCCUCGCCUCGCUGCCAUUGCCGCAGACUGCCAACCAAGAGCCGUCCUUGCAGACAACACCACCAUGGACAGCACCGAAGGACUGAGCGUUGACUAUGCCGCCAUCGUUAACGUUUCCACCGUCAAGAAGACGCCUUCAGGUCGUGUUCCCAAUCAGAGCCAGGGAGCCGAGCCAGCGGCCAUUCUGUACACCAGCGGUUCGACGGGCACACCCAAGGGCAUAAUGGUCACUCACUCCGGCCUGCGCAACGAGAUUGAAGGAUACACUAAGACGUGGAAGCUCGGGGCUGAGCAAACUCUGCAGCAAAGUGCUUUCACCUUCAACCACUCCUCGGACCAGAUCUACACCGGCCUCGUCAAUGGGGGUUCCGUCCACAUCGUUCCCAUGAGCAAGCGCGGCGAUCCCCUCUCCAUCACCGAAAUCAUCCGGCAGCGUGGCAUCACGUAUACCAAGGCCACACCUUCCGAAUACAUGCUCUGGAUGCAAUACGGCGGCGAUAAUCUUCGAGAUGCCUCCCAGUGGCGGUUCGCAUUCGGUGGAGGCGAGACCCUGACGAGGAAUCAUAUUCAGGAGUUUGCCAAACUGGAUCUUCCUCAGCUUCGCUUCUUCAACUCAUAUGGACCCACGGAGAUCUCCAUCUCGUCGCACAAGAUGGAGAUUGAUUAUCGUGACGAGAAUGUGGGCAAGGAAGGACGCAUUCCAUGCGGCUUCUCGCUUCCUAACUACACCACCUACAUCAUGGACGAGCAGCUGCGGCCAGUGCCCGUUGGCAUGCCCGGCGAGAUCUGUAUUGGCGGCGCUGGCGUUUCUCUUGGGUACCUUAACAACGAGGAACUCACGAGCAAGUCCUUCGUCGAAAACCCUGUGGCGUCUCCGGAAUAUGUCGCAAAAGGCUGGACCAGGCUUUACCGCACGAACGACAUUGGCCGCCUGGAGAAGGACGGAUCCAUGGUCUUCCACAAUCGGAUGGCUGGAGACACACAAGUCAAGGUCCGAGGCCUCCGCAUCGAAUUGGCCGACAUCGAAAGCAACAUCGUCGCUGCUGCUGAAGGGAAACUGAAGGAGGCCGUGGUGGUCCAACGUGGAGGCGACGCCGGACACUUGGUCGCCCAUGUUGUCCUCGCACCCACUUACGAUAUCCAGGACAUGGACUCUUUCCUGGAUCAAUUGCUCAUCCGCCUUCCGCUUCCCCAGUACAUGAUACCGAUUGCGGCCAUUGCGCACGAGAAGCUGCCUCUUACGAACCACUCCAAGGUCGACCGCGCCGCUUUGAAGGCCAUGCCGCUGCCUCAGAAGGCUGCCGCUGGGCGCGAUGAUUCCGAACUCUCCGAGACAAUGAUCACAUUGCGCGGUGUCUGGUAUGACGUCCUUGAGAUGGAGGACGGUGUUCGCCCUGAGGUGACAAGCUCGACGAACUUCUUCCACGUGGGUGGGAACUCGCUGCUGGUCCUCCGCCUGCAGGCCCGCAUUCGCCAGUUGUUCAAUGCCGCGAUCCCCCUCUACGAACUACUCGGCGCCAACACUCUGAGUCAGAUGGCACGCAAGAUCGAAGAGUGCACCAGCCUCGAGCCAAUCAACUGGGACGAGGAAACGCAGCCACCCACUGUCCCGGAGUUCCUCGCGACUAUUGAUACUCAACCACUCCCAGAGAAACCAAGCACGGUGCUCGUCACAGGCGCAACAGGCUUCCUCGGACAAUACCUCCUACCCAAACUCAUCGAGAAUCCCCAGAUCCGCAAAAUCCACUGCGUCGCCGUGCGCGACCGUCCCGCCGACGACCCCCGCCAGCUGCCCUCUUCACCGAAACUGGAGUCCCACAGUGGCGAUCUCUCCUCCCCUUUCCUAGGCCUCGACGAAGAUAAAUUCCGCCAUCUCGCCGAAGAAGUCGACGUGAUCCUCCACAUGGGCGCCGCGCGCUCCUUCUGGGACAAUUACCACGCGCUCCGCUCCUCCAACUUCGCAUCCACAAAGGAGUUGAUCAAGUUGGCUACCCCUCGCCGCAUCCCCAUCCACUACACAUCCACCGCGGGCGUCCUGUCUUCCGAGGAAACCGUUCACGGUGCGGCUUCUUCCAGCGCUAGAAACAACGUCCCGCCCACGGACGGUAGCAACGGGUACGUCGCCACGCGCUGGGCGAGCGAAUGUGUCCUGGAGCGCUCGACGGAGACCCUCGACAUCCCCACGUCGGUGUAUCGCUUCCUGCCCGCCUCGCGACCGCAGGACCCUCGGCACGUCAUGGAUGAAUUCGUCCGCUUCGUCGAUGUCCUGGGUACCAUGCCCGACUUUGAAGGGUGGGAGGGUCGCAUCGAUGUCGCUCCCGCCGAGGACGUCGCGGAGUGGCUGUGCGAAGCGGUGCUUGGUCGUCGUCUUCGACCGAAUGGCGCGCAGGGAGGCGGGACGCGGACGCUGUUUAAGCAUUUUGAGAGUUCUGUUGCGGUGCAUGUGAAGGGGUUGAGGGAGUAUCUUGAGGAGCGGAGAGGGGAUAGGGGGUUCGCGAGGGUGGAUGGGUUAAGGUGGAUUGGGAGGAUCAAGAGGGCUGGGUUUGGGUUUUUGUUUACGGCGCAGGAUGCCGUGGUUGGGAGGGGGGAGGGGGAGGGGGAGGUGUUUAGACUGCUGCGGUAGUGGAGGCUGUUUCUUUCUGGUUUUUCCAUUCUUCGUUUUCGUUUGUUGUGGUUUUUGAUGACUUCCAUGAUAGAUUUUCUGGUCAGUUUUUUCUCGUCAUAGAGGGAGGCGCGUUUUAUCGGUUACUUGUGUGGGUGGAUGUAUGAUAUAAGACUGACAUUGGGACGGAGUGGUUUUCCUUUUUUUCCUUUCCUUGCAGAACAGCGACGAGACGCGCAGAGGGGGCUCGCGACGCGCCGCUUUUGGCUGCACCCUUGAGUUGGUGGGUCGCGGCCUCUUGGUGUGUUCCUUGAGUAGAUUCCUGAAUCGAUUUUCGUCUUUCAAAUAUGCAAAUAGUGAGGGUGCACAGUGGGAAGUCGUGAAUAUUGAUCAGGAUAUGUUCUCCCUUGCGGCAUAAUAUCUAUCCCCACUUCAAUCUUAUAUGAGAAUCUAGCUU